UUCCGUCCUUGGACUCUCUCUCUCUCUCUCUCUUCUUCCCCGUGUGGCGGCCGCCGUCUCUGGAGGAAGUGAUAAAAUUGUCAAAAACUCCGCAAAUGCAUGGAAAGAAAUCAAGCCACAUCACAUGUCAUGCCCCAAACUAGACGCCUGGCUCGCAUGGCUGCCCAAACCGUCCAACGGGGCAACUGACUUGGACUCGCUCCACUUCUUUGCAGUUGAUUCCUUCUACUUCAACCCUCUCUCUCAAUGCAUGCGAUGAAAAUCACUCAUUGAAUCUGAAAUCUUGUUCUCCAACUCGUCGGAAUUCCCAAUCCUCAACACACAGUAUCUGAUUCCAAAAGAUUCCGAUCCCACGGCCCUAAUUCCCAAGGUAAAGAGCAGGUUGAAGGAAUUGAACUAUGAGGUUAUUGAAGGUGGCGACUUGUAACCUGAACCAAUGGGCUAUGGAUUUCGACUGCAACGUGAAGAACAUCAAGGAGUCGAUUGUCAGGGCUAGAGAAGCGGGGGCUGUCAUCAGGCUUGGCCCCGAGCUAGAAAUCACUGGCUAUGGCUGCGAGGACCAUUUCUUAGAACUCGACACCGUCUCUCAUGCAUGGGAAUGCUUAAGAGAUAUUUUACUUGGUGACUGGACAGAUGGCAUCCUAUGUAGCUUUGGUAUGCCUAUUAUCAAAGGGUCAGAGCGUUACAACUGUCAAGUAUUAUGCCUUAACAGAAAAAUUAUCAUGAUACGCCCAAAGAUGUGGCUUGCAAAUGAUGGGAACUAUAGGGAGCUCCGAUGGUUUACAGCAUGGAAGCAAAAAGAGCUUGUAGACUUUCAACUCCCAACUGACAUAUCUGAGGCUUUGUCACAGCAAACGGUGCCUUUUGGAUAUGGAUACAUUCAGUUUCUGGACACAGCUGUUGCAGCUGAAAUUUGUGAAGAACUGUUUACUCCCAUUCCUCCUCAUGCCGAGCUUGCGUUGAAUGGUGUUGAAGUGUUUAUGAAUGCUAGUGGAAGUCACCACCAAUUACGAAAGCUUGACCUUCGCCUUCGUGCUUUCAUAGGUGCUACACAUACUCGUGGAGGAGUUUACAUGUACAGUAAUCAUCAAGGAUGUGAUGGUGGACGCCUUUACUAUGAUGGAUGUUCCUGUGUUGUUGUGAAUGGUGAUGUGGUUGCUCAAGGCUCACAAUUUUCUUUGAAGGAUGUUGAGGUGGUGGUUGCUCAAAUAGACCUGGAUGCAGUUGCUAGUCUUAGAGGAUCUAUAAGUAGUUUUCAAGAGCAGGCAAGUUGCAAAUCCAAAGCUCCGUCAGUGGCAUCACCUUACAAGCUUUGUCAGGGUUUUAACCUUCAAAUGUCUCUUUCAAGUCCAUUUAAGAUUAGAUAUCACUUGCCUGAAGAGGAAAUAGCAUUUGGACCUGGUUGCUGGCUGUGGGAUUAUUUAAGAAGAAGUGGAGCAUCUGGUUUCCUGCUUCCUCUCUCUGGUGGUGCUGAUAGCUCGUCUGUUGCGGCUAUAGUUGGCUGCAUGUGCCAGCUUGUAGUGAAAGAAAUAGCAAAUGGGGAUGAGCAAGUCAAAGCAGAUGCUAUACGCAUUGGCAAUUAUACAGAAGGCCAGUUCCCUACCGAUAGCAAGGAAUUUGCUAAACGAAUAUUUUACACAGUAUUCAUGGGAUCUGAAAAUAGUUCUGAAGCCACUAGCAUGCGGGCAAAAGUGCUUGCAGAUGAAAUUGGUGCAUGGCAUCUUGAUGUUAAGAUAGAUGGUGUUGUUUCUGCUUUGCUGUCUUUGUUUCAAACCCUUACAGGAAAGCGACCCCGCUAUAAGGUAGAUGGUGGAUCAAACAUUGAGAACUUGGGCUUGCAAAACAUUCAAGCUCGAAUUAGAAUGGUGCUAGCAUUUAUGUUAGCAUCACUCAUGCCUUGGGUUCACAGCAAACCAGGUUUUUAUUUGGUUUUAGGUAGCUCCAACGUGGAUGAAGGAUUGCGUGGCUAUCUAACAAAGUAUGAUUGCAGCGCAGCAGAUAUAAAUCCAAUUGGAAGUAUUAGUAAGCAGGAUCUUCGCAGAUUUCUGCGUUGGGCUGCUAGUCAUCUUGGUUACACAUCUUUAGCAGAAAUUGAAGCAGCUCCCCCCACUGCUGAAUUGGAGCCAAUACGGUCCAACUACAGCCAGCUGGAUGAAGUGGAUAUGGGAAUGACAGAUGAAGAACUUUCAGUUUAUGGAAGAAUGCGAAAGAUUUUCCGCUGUGGGCCUGUAUCCAUGUUCAAGAAUCUCUGCUAUAAGUGGGGUGGAAGAUUGAGUCCAUCAGAGGUGGCUGACAAAGUGAAACGCUUCUUCAAAUACUACACCAUAAAUAGACACAAAAUGACCGUGUUGACACCCUCCUACCAUGCCGAGAGUUAUUCGCCUGAGGACAACCGGUUUGAUCUUCGCCAAUUUCUGUACAAUGCAAGAUGGCCAUACCAAUUUCGCAAGAUCGAUGACCUUGUUGAGGAUUUUGAUGGCGGAAAACCCAAUCUUACAAAAUCAACGAAGCUGGAAAAUUCUGACUCUGCAUCACAUGUUGGCAUAGGAGUUGUUGCUGCAGGAUCAGGUGAUCCAAAAGCUGGACUAUAAUGCUGAAUACAUGGCUGCCUGCUUGCUGUUGAGCUCUUUAAGUGGAAAUAAAUCUUGUUAGUCAUUCUUACUAACGAUUUCUCAAAAUUAUACCCCCAUAUCAUCAUUUACCAUUAUGUUUUUGUAUAAUGAUCCCAAUAGAAGUACUAAAAGUAACUCUGAAACAUCCUGAAUUGGAGAUGGUGUAGUAGAAGAUGUGAAAACCUGAUGUUUAAUUAGUUGCACUUGUUUGGUUCAUUUAUACGAUGAAGUCCCAUAGUAAAUGCAUGGGAGAGUUUCAGAAA